AUGAGGCCUGGCGGUGCUUUCGAGGGGUCCGCGCCGGUGCGGCCGACGCCUGGGGUGAAGGAGCCCGUACGAGCCCAUGCAGAGUACGUAAACGGCCAUCUUUACGACGAGGGUCCGAGUUUUGACGGGCGUAGUUACAGGAGCGAUGGUGGUCGUGAGAGCGACGUGUCCCGAAAAGAAACGUUGGUUGACGAGAGUGAGUUGGAGAGCCGAACGUACGUGGGCAACCAAACCCUGGGCCGGAGCGAGAUGGGCCGGACGGCAAUGAAGGGUCGAGGGGAGCGGUGGUUGCCGAUGUAUUUGAAGACGAUCACAUCGGAUCCGUUUGCGUUUGCGCGUGCGAUCGACUGGUGGCCAUUGAAGUUCAAGUCGACGCACUUGGAGGACGAGUACUGCCGCUCGAUUGCUGCAUUGAGUGCGAGUUACCUUAAGGCAGAGAUCGGCACAAUUCUGGCUGCCUCAAUCGCUAUGGGUGGCCUGGAGAUCGGUUGGGAAUAUGUCGAGGGGUUGACAGCAACAGAGCGUCGGUGGGUUGCGAUCCGGCUGGUGGCCUUCGCCGUAUGUAUCACGGGCUUGGUUCUAUUCCUACUACCGCUGGUCGUGUGGGCAACCCGAAAACGCAUCACCCUAAUCUACUUUAUUGCUAGUUUGAGCAUCGUCGUAAUCCAAAAGGUUUACGUCACAAUGCGAGGGGUGAUCUUCGAAAUGGAUUGGAAUAGUCGCAUGUUCCGAGAUGACUAUUUGUUCCAUAGCCCCAUCGAGUUCUUCUGUAUGUGUUACGCGUUUCUGCUCAUCAAUGACGCCAACCUGACAACUCAAAAAUACGCGCUCCUCUACGACAUAGUGCUCGUACUCUCACUCUCUUACUUGAGUGUCAUGGAUGAAUUCGUGCUCGACAAGUACCGCUUGAAACUCGGAGCCACGGAAACCUCCUCCGAACUCGCCCAGGUCAUGCUGCUCGUCUUGGUACUCGCCCAUUUCGGGAUGGAGCUUCAGGACCGGGCCCACUUCCUGGAGAAACUCCAGGUCGAAAACACCGUCAACCGGUACAAACAUGACAACGUCUUCUCGGGUGAUACGGGUGCCAGUGGCAGUGCCAGUGGCAGUGCCAGUGGCAGUCCCGGUGGUGGCAGAGGUUCCAUGGAGGGGGGGAUCUUCGAUGCCAACGCGUCUGCUGCUGAGGUAAUACUGAGGAGAAUAAACAAGGUGAAGAGUGUGUGUAACGAGUCGAUCGUGGUCAACACGCAGAGGGGAGUCAAUAGGUUCUCGAAACGGAUAUUGAACGUGAUCAACGACCUAGACCAGAUCGCUUUCACCUUGACCGCGCAGGUUUCUGUGGACGAGAGUACGGUGUUAGAAAACCUGAGCGAAGAAGAGAAGGCGUGCUUCGCCUCGGCGGGCGUGAUUAUGCUGCAGUCGAACGCCCUGAUCGGUCGGAGACCGCUGUCUUGUGCGCGACGGAGUCAUGGAGCAUUGGAGCUUGAAGUGGAAUUACCGGGCAUCGGAUCGAAAUGGACGCCGCAAUGGGAGGUGGCCGCGCUGAAUGCGUUUGCAGCGUUGCCGACUGCGGCGAUCGACAGGAUGUACUACGAGGCACCAACGGCAGCGAGCCUGAUGUUGGAGACAUGUAGGGCAUUGUUGUAUAGGUACCAGCCGAUCUCGCCAAAUAAUCACCACAAGUUAUACCAGUUGAUAGUGGGGCUGAGUGUGGGCAUUGCGAACAAUCCGUACUCGAAUGGGUACACCACAUGUUAUGCCACACACGUGCUCUUUUAUUUGCUGACAGAAUUUGAGUUGCUUCCAUUACUUUCUCGCGAAGACAUUUUGGCCCUGAUGAUUGCAUCAUUCGCACGAUACUUCGGAUAUUCAGGCCACUCCACACUCUUCCUACUUGCUUGCAACCAUCGUGCAGCGCUGCUGUUUAAUGACUUCGCAGUGCAGCGGCGUUUCGCGACCUUCGGAUUGCGCCGGUUGCUCCUUCUCGAGGAAUGUUCACUUUUUAGCUCCAUGGCGAUUCAGGAACGAGAAGCCUGCCUGCGCCUUAUUGGCAAUCUGCUCACCUCUUCCUUCUCUGGCAGCCACUACCUGGACAUCAGCCGCGUCAAGUUGCGUCUAGACAGCGGCCAGUUCUCACCCGCGCAGAACGCAGAAGAUAUGACCCUGUCACUCAAGCUAUUGUUCCGGGCAUCCGGCUUCACCAAAGAGUGGAUCACACCCGACACACCUUUGCGCAAACAACUCUGGCUCGCUAACCGUACAGAAUCCAAACUCGAAUCCCAGGCAGAACGCGAAGCACUCAUGCAAAUCAACGAAAACGCACUUGACCGAGGAGACUUCUGGUCCACCGAAGGACACAAAACUUAUAUCAACUCCGUAGUCAAACCUUUGGCAGAACUUCUCUACGCCGUCAAACCUGUACCAGAAUUCACCACAAGACUACUCUCAGAUGCCUCCACACCCAGCAACCAGUCCAACCUUGGCACAGGCUCCGGCACCGAAUUCCCCAACCUACUCCUCAAACCGCUCUUCGAAGCACACACACUACACGACUUCUUCAUCAUACAUGGGAAAGAAAUCGACGCCAUCCAAAACGAGGUAACAUACAUACGUACACACCCAUUUAGAUUUACCGUACAUGAUACCACCCGUAACAUACAUCACAUCUAUCGAUAG